AUGCUGCUGGUGUCUAUGCUGCUGAUGAUGCUGGACUGCUUCCUGGGAGCUCCGACAGGGAGAGAGGUCUACAGGAUGCCUCAGAGUGCCCUCAAAGCUCUGUCGGACCGGGGCACGGUGGUUCUGGAGGCGGCUCUGAGCAGCGCCCUCUCAGCUCUGGAGCUGGCCUCCUCGGAGAGGAGCCGGGCCGAAGCCGGCUGCAGGGACUGCGUGCCCUGUCUGUUUCAGGACUGUGGACAGCGCUCCGGAUCCUGCACCUCACCACACAAUGCUCUGUCCGAGCCCAGCUGUGACAUCAUCACCAAGGCCCAGAAGGUUCUGGAGGAGGGUGAGCGGAGCUGGCUGCUGAGCCAGGCCUGUGGGUUCUACCGUCGCCGCUGUCGCCAGGGCGACCAGGACAGGGAGGGGUGCCGGGCUGUCUUUACUGACCCCUCCUGUCCACCUCUCUGUCCUGCCGUCUCUCCGUCUGUCCCAGCAGCAGUGUGUGGUCAGAGGGUUUCGGGUGUGCAGAACGUGACCCAGCCUCGCUCCAGGAUCGUGGGGGGGUCCCCGGCACCCCCUGGCAGCUGGCCCUGGCUGGUCAACCUGCAGCUGGACGGAGGGCUGAUGUGUGGGGGGGUGCUGGUGGACAGCUCCUGGGUGGUGACCGCAGCUCACUGCUUUGCUGGCAGCCGCAGUGAAAGCUACUGGACAGCUGUGGUGGGAGAGUUUGACAUCACAAAGGCUGACCCUGAUGAGCAGGUGCUCAAGGUUAACCGCAUCAUCCCCCACCCCAAGUUCAACCCAAAGACGUUCAACAACGACAUAGCCCUAGUAGAGCUGACCUCUCCGGUGAUCUUGUCGGACCAUGUGACCCCCGUGUGUCUUCCCUCUGGCCUGGAGCCCCCGACAGGCAGCCCCUGUCUGGUGGCUGGCUGGGGCUCCCUCUAUGAAGAUGGGCCUUCUGCUGAUGUGGUGAUGGAGGCCAAGGUUCCUCUGCUCCCUCAGAGCACGUGCAAGAGCACCCUGGGCAAGGAGCUGGUCACCAACACCAUGCUGUGUGCCGGCUAUCUCUCUGGCGGCAUCGACUCAUGCCAGGGGGACUCAGGAGGCCCUCUCAUCUAUCAGGACAGGAUGUCAGGCCGCUUCCAGGUCCACGGCAUCACUUCCUGGGGGGAUGGCUGUGGAGAGAAGGGCAAGCCUGGGGUCUACACCCGUGUGUCUGCUUUCUCUGACUGGAUCCAGGCAGAGAUACAAAAAUCCUUUGGGAGCCGCGAGCCAACUUGCCCGGAGCUGUUGAAGACAUCUGAGCUGUCGGAGGAGCAGCAGAGGUCAGAGUUCAUGUCGCUGUGUCGUUUCUACACCCAUACUUGUCCGCCUGGCCAGGGUAUGGCAGCCUGCAGUCGCAUCGCUGAGGACAAGUGUCACAACCGCUUCAAGAAAUGUCAGCUGCGCUCCUUCCUGCAGACUCUGCUGGAUCUCCUCCAGAGGGCCGAGGACUACAUCAGGGACAAGGUGGACCUCACCUUCUUCACCCAGACUCUGCCUCAGCUGGUGGAGCACAUCUACAGCAGCGCGUUCCCCCACACGCACGCACACAUCCGGGAGAGACGUGACCUCGCGAGCCUAGCAGAACAGCUAGGGGGUGCUGGGUGGUCAGAUGAGCAGGAUCUUCCUCCUCCUCUUCCUGGGCUGUUUGGUGAGGUGGGCCCCCUGGUGGACGACUGGGAGAACUACCUCAGAGGCCUGGCUGAGGAGCUGGACCAGCAGAGAGACUCCAAGCACCCAAGUCAGGAGGAGAAGCAGUUUUUUCAGGCAGAGGGAUCGUCUGUGUCGGAGCUGGAGAGAGAGUACCAGUCCAUCAUCUCAGCCCUGCGCUCCAAACUGGACUCCCGAGCUGCCCCCCCUCGGCUGGCCCUGAACGUAGACAACCCCCAGACGGACCCCGCCCCUCCGGCGGGGGGGGCACCCACCAGCGACCCCAGGAGCCCCUCCCCUCAGGAAGCUCGCGAAUCGGAAUCUGUCCUGGCGGCUCUGCUGGAGGAACUGCGUAAGCUGGGGUCCCAGACUGAGAAUCCCCCCGUGCAGCCGAGAGGACAGCGCCCCAGCCAGCUCACUCCUUCCGGCUCAGCGGAGGCGGGCAGGGUCAGGACGGCUCUGACCUCCCUGACGGCUCCUGAUCAAUCCGCCACCUCGCCCGAUGGGGCCUCCGAGGACAUUGCGACGACCUCCAUUCCCGUUUCCUUUCCUGUCCGGCCGGCCCUCAGGAAGCGCAGGAGUCUGCACAAGAGGCAGACACCAGGGACUGGCGCUAAAGCCUGCGCUGGAGUAGCAGAGUCCACACAGCAUGUCAGUCGGGUCAGAGACUCGUACCGCUGGGUCCUGGGCAUCCCAACAAAGAACCUACGCAUGAACUUCCAAGAGGUGCUGGUGGACCUGAGUUCGAAGAACGAACGGGGCCUGUACGAGGCGCGGGUCAGGGCUACGGUGGGCGGACGACCAUUGACCUUCUACAGCUUGGUGGGGCUGGAGAACGAGUCGUUCUACCGCAGCAUGCCCCGCAUCAUCGCCCUGGCACUCGACGCCCUCAAAACGUAACUCUGCAGGACAGGCCGACCCUGGGAGCCAUGACAGACUCAGAGUCCUGCUGGGAAGAGAGAGCAGGGUGACAGGGGGGACAAGCAGAGGACCCAGAGACUGCUGGGGCACUAAGAGGAUCCGAGACACGUCUCAAAACAAGCAGGGCUGCAGUGGGAACUGCAGAUAGCUCACUCACGCUGAGGGCUUCAUCGCAGUGCUGUAGCAAUGUUACACAGCCAUCAUUAUGAGCGUGUGCUAUAGUUUUUGCUGAAAGCAACAAUAACACGAAUCAUCCCCCUCCAUGGGAGCUGGAGCUACACUGUAGUUGAAUACACAACCCUGAAUGUAUGAAACUGACAUCCACCCAACUGCUUCCAGACAUGGGUUGCCUUGCAAGGCUGGUGUGUAACUGAGUUAGGCACAACCCUUUUCUCACUUAUGAGCCUGUAUAAAAAGAUAAGUUAUUCACAA